GAUCACCAAAACCUCAAGUUAUGGCACUCCAAUUAGGAUAUUUGCUCUUAGGAAAUUAUUUUCUGCAACUCAUUGGCUUUGCAUUGGCAAAUAGCGAAGCCACCAUUCCAGUUACACCCAGUCAAUAUGACACUGCUUUUCUCAACAGAAGCAGUUUUCCAGCUGGGUUCGUAUUUGGCUCAGCUUCAUCUUCUUACCAGUAUGAAGGGGCUGCAGGAGGAGGUGGUAAAGGACCAAGCAUAUGGGAUACCUACACCCACAAACAUCCAGAAAGGAUCCAAGAUGGCAGCAACGGAGAUGUGGCUAUUGAUGAAUAUCACCACUAUAAGGAAGAUGUGGAGAUUAUGAAGAACAUGGGGAUGGAUGCUUAUAGAUUCUCUAUCUCAUGGCCAAGAUUGUUACCGAAUGGAAAGCUAAGCGGGGGCGUGAACGAGGAAGGAAUCAAAUACUACAACAGUUUCAUCAACGAACUCCUACACAAUGGUCUAAAGCCAUUUGUAACCCUCUUCCACUGGGAUUUUCCCCAAGCCUUAGAAGACGAAUACGGUGGUUUCUUAAGCCCUCAUAUUAUAAAUCACUUUCGAGACUAUGCAGAGCUUUGCUACAAGGAAUUUGGUGAUCGGGUAAAAUACUGGAUCACAUUCAAUGAGCCAUGGAGCUAUAGUGUUGGUGGUUAUGCAAAAGGGGACUUCGCGCCCGGACGAUGUUCUGAUUGGCAGAAGCUAAAUUGCAUCGGUGGGGAUUCAAGUACAGAACCAUAUAUGGUGGCACACAACCAGCUCCUUGCACAUGCAACUGCUGUAGAAUUGUACAAGAAGAAAUAUCAGGCAUCUCAAAAGGGUCUGGUAGGGAUAACGCUAUUGUCACAUUGGUUUGUGCCUAUUUCUGAAGCCAAGCACCAUAAAAAUGCUGCAUUACGAGCCUUGGAUUUUAUGUUUGGAUGGUUUGCGGAGCCAAUAACAAGUGGUGACUAUCCGCACAGUAUGCGGUCUCUUGUUGGAAAUCGUCUACCAAACUUCACGAAAGCAGAAUCUAAAUUGCUAAAUGGGUCAUUUGAUUUUCUUGGAUUAAAUUACUAUACUACUUAUUAUGCAGCCUAUGCAAGCCGACAAAAUUCUGUAAAUGCAAGCUACUUGACAGAUGCUCGUGCUAAUUUUUCAUUUGAGCUUAAUGGGGUCUCUAUUGGUCCAAAGGCUGCUUCAGAUUGGCUAUAUGUUUAUCCAAGAGGAAUUGAAGAUCUUUUACUCUACACAAAGAGAAAGUAUAAUGAUCCACUCAUUUACAUUACGGAGAAUGGGAUUGAUGAGUUCAGCCAUCCAAAAUUGUCACUUGAGGAAGCCCUUAAUGAUAGCCAGAGAAUUGACUACUACUAUCUCCACCUCUAUUACGUUCGACGAGCCAUCAAGCACGGUGUCCAUGUUAAGGGAUUCUUUGCAUGGUCUCUGUUGGAUAAUUUUGAAUGGUAUAGUGGUUACACUCUUCGAUUCGGUAUGAACUUUGUGGAUUACAAAAAUGGGUUGAAACGAUACCCAAAACUCUCAGCCCAUUGGUUCAAAAAGUUCCUAAGUACUAGGGAAAUCGAAUUGCAGACGUUGUUUGUGACCAAAUAAAUUAUGUAUAAUGUGAAUGUUAUUUGUGUAUGAACAAGAAUAAAAAGUCGGUUGGGUCCAACCAAAUUCCU